AUGAUGACUUACGGCUUAGAACAUCUAUUCAACAUAUGCUGCCUUUUGUACUUGGAAGCUGCACAAGAGGCUGUUAAGAAGAGGAGAAGGACCACAAAGAAGCCUUACUCUAGAUCUAUUGUUGGUGCAACCUUGGAGGUAAUUCAGAAGAAAAGACAUGAAAAACCAGAAGUCCGAGAUGCUGCAAGGGAGGCUGCUCUCCGUGAAAUUAAGGAAAUGAUCAAGAAGACAAAGGAUGAAAAGAAGGCCAAGAAGGCAGACGUGAUGGCCAAGUCGCAAAAGGCAGGGAAGGGUAACAUUCCCAAGGGCGCUGCACCAGCAAAAGGUCCUAAGCUUGGUAGGGGCGGUAGAAAACGCUGAGCUCUAUGAUCUUUUUGUUGUUUACA